AUGGUACCCGUCGAGAGACAAAAGAUUAUGGGAUUCAAGGGUGGAGUACUAAAGGAUGAUGCUCAGUGGAAGGAUUUGGACUUGACUGAAGGAAAGAACUUGAUGAUGAUGGGUACUGCUUUGGAGCUGGAGAAGCCUACUCAGGCUGUGACCUUUAUUGAGGAUCUACCAGAGCAGGAGCAAGACUCAAUGUUGUAUGAUCUCCCAGCGGGACUGCUCAAUCUUGGAAACACCUGUUACCUCAAUGCUACAUUGCAGUGUUUGAAGAAUGUACCUGAACUCGUUCAGACCAUUCAAAAGUACAAGCAACCAACUCAACCAUCACUCUACUCUGGUCUUGUCAAAUCAUCUCAGUCCCUCUUCAAUGAAAUGCUCAAGUCCAACUCUCCAAUCUCAACAUACGCAUUCCUAAGUAUCUUUAGAAGAUUGUUCCCUCAGUUUGAUGAAUCCAAGGGAGGUAUGCAUCUGCAACAGGAUGCAGAGGAGGCAAUGUCACAAUUGAUGACAGCCUACUCACAAGAGUUGGCCGCACCUGGCGAGACUUUGGAUGCCAAGUCCCCUCAUUCAGCAAUUGUGGCCAAGUCCAUCAUUGGCAAACUGUUUGGUGUUGAGGCCAAGGAGGUGUACACCUGCAAGGACGCACCAAAUGAAGAGGCCACAGAGCGCAUGGAGACACUGCUCAAGCUCACCUGUAACAUCAACAUCGACACGUCAUACCUGCACGAAGGACUAAAGAAGGGAUUGCUCGAGGAGAUCAGCAAGUUCUCGCCAUCGCUCCAGCGCGAGGCUGUCUACAAUAAGAAGACCCUGAUCACAAAGCUGCCACCAUAUCUCAACGUGCAGUUUGUGCGUUUCCACUGGAAGAAGGAUGUGAAGGAGUCGCGCGACUCUGCCACCGUUGGAGUGAAGGCCAAGAUCAUCAGAGCUGUCCAAUUCCCAUUCACCCUGGAUGUCUUUGACCUCUGCACACCAGAGUUGAAAGAGAAGCUGAGCGUGAAGCGAAAGAUCAUGGACGACAUCUACAAUGAUUCGUCGCUAAAGAGGAAGCCAGAGGAUGAGGAGAUGGCCGAUGCGCCAGCAGAGAAGAAGCCAGACAACACCAAGCAAGCAGCAGUCUCAACAGCACUUGACGCACCAAUUGACAUCAAGUCAAAUGACACUGGCAAGUAUGAGCUGACUGCCGUCUUGACGCAUCAGGGUCGUUUCGCCGACUCUGGCCAUUAUGUCGCUUGGGUCAAGAAGGAGGACAAUGUCUGGAUGAAGUUUGACGACUCGAUCGUCUCCACUCACAACAAUGAGGAUAUCAAGAAGCUGUUUGGUGGUGGCGAGUGGCAUAUGGCCUACAUAUUAAUCUACAGGUCUGUCACUGUUGAUGCACCAGCUACAACAACUACAGAUACAAAGGAUGAAUCAUCAUCGUCGUCAACCACAACUACUACCACUACUACAUCUACAACUCAAUAA